GUCGUGUAGUUACAACGUCAAUUCUACUCAUAGUAUAACCUCCACGGUAAUACUCAAGAAGGCCUAUUUCCCACACUACACCCCCUUUGAACCGAAUAAAAUACACCACUCUCAAAUACUAUCAACAUGGCCGAUAAAAAGGGCUCGGCGUACGGCACGCCGGCCGACGAUACGUCCUUCCGGCGGAGCUACGACCUAGACGAGUACGCGCAGAAAGCCAAGGUACGAGAGGCAGCCGAUAAAGAAGAAGCGAAGGCGCGAUAUGAGGCAAAAAUGGCUGGAAAAAAGUACUACAAGCCUAUGACGGGCGACGAGACGCUCACGCGGGCGCGGCGCGAUAUCAUCGACCUCGAGGCCAACGUGGGCAAGACGACACUAGUCCCGGCGGGCGCGGGCCAGGGCAAAAGGGGCCGCGGCGCCGGGUUCUACUGCAGCGCCUGCGACCUCACGUUCAAGGACAACAUGCAAUGGGUCGAGCACGUGAACAGCAUGCAGCAUCUACGGAACAUCGGCGAGACAGGCGAGGUCAAAAAGGCGAGCGCGGAAGAAGUCCACCAGCGCAUCACGGAGGUAUGGGAGCGGCUGCAAGAGCAGAAAAAGGCAAGCACGACGACGCUAAAAGAGCGGUUGGAAAUGCGCGAGGAGGAGGCGACUAAGGAGAGGGAGGCGAGGCGGCUUAAGAGACAGGAGGAGCUGGCGAAGAAGAAGGCGGCGCAAGACGCGCAGGAGAAGAUUAAGACUGAGUAUGGCGACGACGUGCGGAUCGAGGGAGAGCAUGAUGAGGAUGAUAUGAUGGCUGCGAUGGGGAUUACGGGGUUUGGGACGUCGAAGAAGAAGAAGUAGCCAGGUGACGGAAUCAUAAGGGACAUUCAGGGAAUGAUAGUUAUAUUAAAGUAUAAGCGAAGGGAUGGCGUUAAGGUGCAUCAGAUACGGCGUUUGGUUUGAUCCAAGUUUGGGUUGCUUAGGCGGUAUCUUGGUUUGAUUCUUACGGCCAUGUGUAUAGGUACCUAUUUGGGGCUGGUUUUGUAUUAAUGCCCUGUUUACCUCUGGUAUAAAAUGAAAGCCACGGGCUGUAAGGUGCUUCUUGGGCUGGAUAGUAGAAUUCAUUAGCAAUCUAUCAACUCCUCUGUCCCUUAGUUUCUGUGUAUAUGAUUUUAAUAUGAUAUAUGGUCUAUAUAUAUUUACAUAUAAGUACCAAGGUAGUAUCAACAAG